AUGAAGCAAUCUCUUCUUCUUUCCGUCUUGCUAUUGUUACUAUCAUCAUCAUCACUCGUUGCACCCAUCCACGCCCGCAACAAGGCAAAAUCACCCUCGUCGGUACCAGCUCCGGCGCCGGGACCGUCAAACUCUGAUUGCUCAACCGUAAUAUAUGACAUGAUGGGCUGUCUCUCGUACCUUACCCCCGGAUCAAAUGAUACCAAGCCAGAGAAAGAGUGUUGUGUCGGAAUCCAAUCGGUUCUAGAAUAUAAUCCAGUGUGCAUUUGCUACGGCUUGAAAACUAGCAAUGAAAUGGGGAUUCCAUUGAAUAACAGUAGAACUCUUGCCAUGCCUACGACUUGCAAAAUCCCCAUUGCUGCUCCCCAUUGUGGUUUAGCGGGAGGCGCGUCAACACCAGAUGCAUCAACUCCUGGUAUGACUCCCGGUUCUCCAUCGGCUGGAACACCCAUGAUUACGCCAUCUUCAACCGAGUCACCUACAUCUUCACCGUCUAUGGCUGAGUCUCCGGAAAUGAAAGCACCUUCUCCUUCAAAGUCUGGCACAAACAGCCUCUCAGUUUCAACACUGACCCUCGUUGCCGUGCACGAUGAUGGUCACAGGGACAUCAGUUCCAAAAUAGUUUCUCUACAUAUUGGUCUGGAUAACGAUAAUGAGCUCCUCGGUUGCUGGCUCGAUCUCCUUCGCAUCCAGCUCACCUAA